GCGCGCGGCGCUGCUGCGGGUUGAGGGCGAAGCGGCGCAGCCUCCACCCCGGUGCGCACAGCCCCGUAAGUGCGAGCGAGAAUGAGAGCCCGAGAUCAGCGACCAGCAGCCGCGCCGCACCAGCCCCCGGCGCAGGACUAGAGCAGGGAGAGACUGAAGGGACACGGAGGCAGCGCGAAUCCUCUGGCAGACUCCCACUCGCUGGCUCACCUGCCAUCCCCAUCGCUCCCUCCCUCCCGUCUCACUCGUUCUCUCCCCUCCCCUCCUUCCCACUCUCACUCUCCCUCCUCUUCUCCUUCUCUGUCUCACUCUUUCGCUUUCCUUCUCCCCUCUCCGAUCCCCCCGUCUCCCUUCUGCUCCUGGCACCGCACUGCAGCUGCUCCUCCGGCCAGUCCCGCCGCCUUCUCUCCCCUUCCCCCCCGGGCCAGCCUCGCCAGCCCCAGAGCAUCCUCGGCACCCCGCGCGGAGCUCUGCCGUCCCGAGGGAGGACAGAGAACGGGACGAGCCCUGUCCCCUCCCGGCCCCCCGCCUCCCCAAGGAAGAGACCAUUCUGCUCCUGGCCGCGGCGAACAUGAUGGCGGCAGCUCCCAUCCAGCAGAACGGGACCCACACCGGGGUUCCCAUAGACUUGGACCCGCCGGACUCCCGCAAAAGACCGCUCGAAGCGCCCCCCGAAGCCGGUAGCACCAAGAGGACCAACACGGGCGAGGAUGGCCAGUAUUUUCUAAAGGUCCUCAUACCUAGUUAUGCUGCUGGAUCUAUAAUUGGGAAGGGAGGACAGACAAUUGUUCAGUUGCAGAAAGAGACGGGGGCGACCAUCAAGCUGUCUAAAUCCAAAGAUUUUUACCCAGGGCCUGUCAUCUCAGCAUUGACAGGAUCAGAUGAAAAACACAAUCAAUGUUUUGACAUUUUUUGAGAAUCGUUCAGGACCACAAUGGAGCUGAGCUGAUCCUGCCAACUUCCUCUACGUUUUCUGGGACCAUGAAAGAACUGGCAACCCUACCUUUUAAUACUGAUUUAUUUUUAGUUCACUUAUGAAAACUAUUCAACAGAUCCCAAGAUCAGAGAGUAAUUUGUAAUAACUUGUAAGCCAUUGUUAAAAAGGAAUUAAAAUGAAUAGCGCUUCUUGACACUGACAGUUUUAAAUUGCUAUUGUUUGCAUCAGUUUAGUAUUUUUAAUAGUUGAAUAUUAGCAUGGGAUCAUCAGAAUUAAAUAUGGAAAAGACCUAUUGAAUCAUCUAGACCUUCCCCCUUUAAAAGAUACAUGCACGUGAGGAAAUUAAUGUAUUUUCUGUACAUUUAAAGGCUUGAAAUUGUGAUUAUAUAGUGAGGUUAUUUUUGUGCUUUCUGUAUUUUGUUAAUUUACCUUAUUUAGAUAAGUGCCAUUUAAAAUAUAUCUUGACAUGUAAGCUUUUUGUGAUUUAAUUCACAUAGUAAUGUAAGAUUGUUUGUUUGUAUUUCUACUCACUUUUCUUCUGAAGUACAUUUUCAUUUUGUUAAAUAUAAGCCUGUGUAUUAAGUUGUGUAUUGCACAAAUACAUUUAGGGCCUAAUCCAAUUCGUGUUGAAGUAAUGAGAAUCUUUCCCUUGGCUUCAAUGGAAGUUGGAUCAGACUCUUAAGCCAGAUCUGUCUGUAGCCAGUUUUUGCACUGUAUUAGUCUGUUGUGUUGAGAAUGAUCUGCUAUAUCAAUAAAGCCCUGGCUUCUUUGUACAAUGAAAGUCAAUGGAGAGAAGGGGUUACUAUGAAAUAUUGUUUAUUCUUUGGUACGAUUAAACAAGAUGAAUAUUUUUUUCAUCAAAAUGUUUGUUACUUAACAGAUACAUAAAUAACUUAACAGAUACAUAAUAGCUUGUUUGGCCUGCUUGUGAGACUAAAUAGAGGAAGCUGGGAUGAGAACAAUAAGAUGUUUUUUCUGGAUUCAAGAUUUCCCUAGUUAAUAUGCAUGCUGUAGAAGGUUAAUUCAAGAGCCUGAUUUUUUUUAUAUGUAAGGUAGCAUAUCUCAGAUUUAAUACUUUAUUAUCUAAUUUAUUAUUUGUAGUUCUAAAGAAAACACUUAACUGCCAAGAAUCACAAAAACAUAAAAUAUUAAGCAUUACUUCAUGCAGAGAGCUUAUUACAUUGGUCCUCUAUCUUCACUGGCUGCCUGCUUGUUUCUGAGGGUGGUUUUAAAGGUAUUUUGGUUUUGACCUUUAAGUCCAUGAAUAGCUUGGGACUUGGCUGUGUGAAGGACCAUCUCUCUGUUUAGGUGUUACCACCAUAGUUACCAUCAGAGAGAUGCUUAAGCUACCAAGACCCUCAUUUAAAAGACUCAUAGUGAAUUUUCCAUGUUGGAUCAACGGACUCUAGAAUUAGCUUGCCAUCCUGAUCUGCCAGAGCCUAAAUUUGUUAGACUUGUGUGCUCUGAAUGCUAUCUUAACUGCUGUCUUUUCCUGAAGUUAGUUGAGGAUUAUUGAGGGCUUAUAAUUUUUUAUUAUAUUGUAUUUUAUUAUUUUUUUUAGGUGAGUAUUAUUCUAAUUUGGAUUAUUUGGCUUCAACUAGUUAUAUUUUGUGACUUCUUUUUUGUUUGUUUUAAAUAUUGUAAAAAAUCCAUUUCUUUGAUAUCUGGGGUCUGUACACCUGGGCUUUUGGUUUGAAAAUUUGAUCCUGGAACAUCAGAUCCUAUAUUAAUUUAAAUAUGUCUCAGAAUAACCAGUAAAAAUAAAAGUGUGAGAUGAAUUAUGUACUUACUGACAUUUCAAUUUGACUGCCAGAGGAGGAUGAAGUGUGUAAAUUGCAUAUUUCCGUGUUCACUUUUGAAUUUUUAAAUGAUAGUAUGUUCUGUUUAGAACUUUACCUUUGUUUUUAAUAAUUAAUUGAUAAUUGCAGUCGAUAAUAUACCGCAUUGCUUUCCAUCAUGUUUCUAUAAUUUGUGUUCUGUUUUUUUCCCCAGUAAAUGCCCCUAUACACACACAAGAUUUUUUGUAGAUAAAUUACAUUCUUCAUUUGUUCUUUUUUAUUUUUUAAAUCUGCAGAUUCAAUUUAAUGUUGCAUUUAUAGUGUUGAGUGGACUUGUUUUCUGUCUGCUCUUGUAACA